CGUUGGCGAAAACAGCUGGCCUGUUCGUUCGCUUACACUGUUUUGUUUUUCUUUGUGAUAUGUCCCGUGCCGUGUAUCCUGCAGCCGUAACGACAUGACCUCUAAUUUAUUUUAAAAUGCCAACAAUUAUUUCUCAGAUCGAGCAGCUCGAGGAUAAUCUCAGACGCUUUCGUUAUCGGUUUGACACUGUCGAGAAGUCUUUGAGAUCUGGUUCACUGUCGGUUAAACGAAGAGAUGAUUUGCUGAAUGAGGAAGAAAAUUUGACAAAAUUGAUCGCUGAAAGCGAAAAAGACGUGAAAUUACUAAGAGCCGAAAACAGGAAAACUAUGCUGGUUUCAGUGAUAUUACUUGCUGUGCUUGCAGGACUAUACUACAGUUUUGCGGGAUUUAGUUAAUAUACAUAAAGAUUCAAGACGUGUACGUAUAUCACCAGGAUUAUGUUGUGGGGGAACUUCAACACAUUGUAUGUGUGUCUCCAUUUGAAGUGAAGCCAAGUUCACUGUGACAUUCCAAUCAACAGGACGAGCCAAGUCGUUAAUAGUGCUACUCUUCACAACCCUUAUAACAACAAUGUUGUUAUUGUAAUUAAAAAAACAAACAAAUAAAUUAUGUGCCAAUCGUUUAUAA